AUGAAUCAGUUCAAAGACGCUGUAGACACACAGAAUAUGCACGUGCUCAAACAACUAUUCCGGACAGUGGGACCGAGUGAGUAGAAUUGCUCGACCGGCUUCGAAACCAUACAAUAUCGGUUCAGGAGACGACCAGUUUGCCUAUGAGUUUCUUCAAAAGUACGCCGGAGCGCAGUACGUCGUGCAGAAUGCCGUGUUCGCUACCAGGGACCAGAUAGAGGGACAGAUCAGAAUUGCGACUCACGACGCUCCGAACGGCCUUCUGAAUCAUGUGACGAUGCGGAGAAAGGUGAAAAGCCCGACGAAAUGGGUGAUCAUCAAGAUGGAAUGGAUUUAG